GAAUUCAUUUUGUCCUGCGCAGACUGGCUGUGCGGUCACUAAACUUGUGCAACAAAUAAAUAAAAUAAUAAAGCGCAAAAUAUAAAUCUGCCGCCGCCGGGGGGAGUCCGUCCGGCGCCUGACACGCAGCUCUUACGCGCGGAAACGUCGACGGGGGAUCACAAACAGCCAAACGGUCCACAGGUAGCCAAGGAGAGGAGCAGAACCCAACCGAGGACCAUGGAGAGCGCCGGAAACAUGUCCGAGAACAGCAGCUUCUGCCGGAACUUCACCGAGAACAGCAGCUUCUCGUGCAGAGACCGCGGGCUGACCGGCGGCCUGGACGAGGACGACGCCAACCCGGUCAUCAUCGCGAUCAUCAUCACCGCGCUCUACUCCAUCGUGUGCAUGGUGGGGCUGGUGGGGAACCUGCUGGUCAUGUACAUCAUCGUCAGGUACACCAAAAUGAAGACAGCCACAAACAUCUACAUCUUCAACCUCGCUCUGGCAGAUGCCUUGGUCACCAGCACCCUGCCGUUCCAGAGCGUCAACUACCUGAUGGGGUCUUGGCCAUUUGGGGACCUGCUCUGCAAGAUGGUGAUGUCCAUCGACUACUACAACAUGUUCACCUCCAUCUUCACCCUCACAACCAUGAGCAUCGACCGCUACAUCGCUGUUUGCCACCCUGUGAAAGCGCUGGACUUCAGGACGCCUCGCAAUGCCAAGAUUGUCAACAUCUGCAACUGGAUUCUGUCCUCCGCCAUCGGUCUGCCGGUCAUGUUCAUGGCUGCUACAGCCAAAAGCCACCCCAAGAUUGUGGACUGCAAGCUGAUUUUCCCCCACCCCUCCUGGUACUGGGACACUCUGCUGAAGAUCUGUGUGUUCAUCUUUGCCUUCAUCAUGCCCGUCCUCAUCAUCACCAUCUGCUACGGACUCAUGAUCCUGCGCCUGAAGAGCGUUCGAAUGCUGUCAGGCUCACAGGAGAAAGACAAGAACCUCCGUCGUAUCACUCGCAUGGUACUGGUGGUGGUGGCCGUCUUCAUCGUCUGCUGGACCCCCAUCCAUGUGUUUGUCAUCAUCACUGCACUGAUCAACAUUCCCAGCUCCACACUUCAAACCAUCACCUGGCAUUUUUGCAUCGCCUUGGGCUACACAAACAGUAGCCUUAACCCGGUUCUUUACGGUUACCUGGACGAGAACUUCAAGCGCUGUUUCCGUGAGUUUUGCACCCCGAGUCCUUCCGUACUGGAGAUUCAAAACUCCUCCAGAACUGGAGCCACCAGCCGCAAGGUCCCGAAGCGUGAACACAACAGUGCAAACACAGGGGAGAGGUCCAACCAACAGGUAGCCAGCGUCUGUGUAUGACUAGCCUUGGAGGGGUCGUCGCUGGACUCUCGCUGUUGUGGCAGCAUUGCCAACGACGAUCUCAACUCAGAAGUCACACAAGUCACCACUGGGUUUUAAUCCCUCGAGCCAGACAUGCCCAUUAGAUGAUCCAGAGCACCUUUGUGAGGCAUUUGCAGCUCACAGCAUUUACUCAAAAACUUCUAAAAGGACUGAAGAGCCCGCCGCCCCUUCACUGUUACACUCUGAAGAAAUGUGCACAGUACUCUGUUGACAUUGAUUCAAAAAAAAAAGUGUUCAACUGACAGAUCUGUAAAUCCACUUUCAUAAGCCAAUAUGGUGACGUGUACUCGUCAAUGUCAACUACAGAAAUCAAUUUUCGAACACGCCGUCAUGCCUUUCUGUCAUGCUUCCCCCAAAUGUCUACUUGAGGUGGAUUUACAUGUGAAAAAAGAGAUUUGUGGGAUUUUGCAAGGAUUUGACUAAACAGGAGGGAAAAAAAUGGCUUUUUGUGUGUAGCAGAAGCAGGACUUGUUGUUUCACACCCUCCAUUGAGGGGUUCAGCACCACGCGGGCCUCAGCCACUACUGGACUGUGGUGUGUGUUGCUGUGCAUCAACUUAUCAGGAUUUCACCAGAAAGGAAAAAAAAAAGCUGUAUAUUUUCUGUUCAUCACAAAUCUCUGAAUGUACAAAGCAGGAACUGUCUUUGUGGAUCUUUGUACCAAACCUACAAGGAAAGCCCUCUGGGCUGUUUGUACAGCACACAAAAAAGCAUGCAUUUAUGGGAAACAGUACAAUUGCCAGUAUAUGAUUAACCACAGCUUUAUAACCAUUACAUUAAAUAAUGAGUUUGAAUGGAACCACUCGUCUCUUUUACAGUAAUUGACAAGUGAAGCAAGCAGGAUUGCACAUCUGAUGGGAUAUUUACUAUUGCUUGUGCUUACUUGUUGUGCUGUUUGCCAUGUGUGCAAAAUGCCUUUUUCAGUAGCUUUAUGCCACAUUUUUUGAAACAGUACUUUUCUAAAGACUCAUGAACUUGAUUGUAAUGUAGAGUUAUUUUUUUCCACAAAUGGGAAAAUGUGAGGAAAAAAAAUACUGUGCUCCCAAACCUUUGUUGUUGUGUUGAGGUCUGCUUGUAAACUAUGACAAUGUCUACAAUCAGUGUGUAAAGCUGUGAAGUUUGGUGCAAAAAAAAAUAAUCAAUUUUGAGUAAAAGUGAUGCUGAAGCCACUGUGAAUACAGCGUUCACUCAUUUUAAACAAGAUACAUGUUUGUUGUUUACAGUUUUUUUACAUCGCCUGCUUUAAAUAAAGAGCCUUGGGAGAA